ACUUAAGCAGAUCUGACUCUAGGGCGAGAGAUCGAAAUAAAAGGACUGCAAAAGUUGAUUCGCUCUCGUUUAAAAGUAGUUUAAACUCUCGUUUUUUAUAUAGUCAAGAAUGCUUUUGUUAAUGUUAAUAUUGAUUUGUCCUUUCAUUUCUCUUACAAGCAAUGCGAAUCCAGAGAAGCAUUACCUGCACUACAUGUUUACAGUCCUGACCAAAGCAGAUCUAUUCCCAGAGUUCACUGUUGUGGGUGUUGUUGAUGACAGACUGAUCUCAAACUACAGUAUUGAAGUUCCAGAUUGGACAAGACUAAUUCUGACGGAAGAUUAUGGGAUUGAGACUCUUGUACAAUCACGUGACUCUGAAGACUGGUUUAUGGCUCAGGUACACAUUCUGUCAAACUGCACAAAUUGUUCUGAGCUCCAUACAUUGCAGAGAAUAGCUGGUUGUGAAGUGGAGAAAUUUCCUAAUGGAACAGUGAAGAGUCUGAGAGCAUUUGAUGAAUAUGGAUUUGAUGGAGAGGAUCUUAUUGCCUUUGAUAAUGACACAAUGCAGUGGAUUGUUGAAAGUCCCAAAGCCAAAGAAAUGAAAAAGAGAUGGGACCCUCAGAUAGGACGAAACCAGUUAAUCAAGGAUUAUUUUGGGAAAUGCAUGGAAUGGAUCUUAACAUUUAACAACACACAUAAGAAUUCACCAGAGGUUUACAUCUCUGCAAGGAGAGAUUCUGAUGAUCACACAAAGCUGAAUCUGAGCUGUCUGGUCACUAGUUUCUAUCCCAGAGAUAUUAAAAUGAAUAUCAGAUUGAAUGGAUCUGUUCUUGACAACCAAACAUCUUCUGAAAUCAGACCAAAUGCUAAUGAAACAUUUCAGAUGAGAACCAGUGUGAAGAUCGACAUAAACUCUGAAGGAUCUUAUGACUGUUUUAUCCUUCACAGCAAACCUGUCCCUGCUCUGCGGGGAAGUCAUCAUCCUGAUUAUGGUUCAGUGAGUGAGCAGAUAUCGAUGAGGACAGCUGCGAGUGCUGGUUCUUCUGAAGAAGAGCUCACUGUUGAUGAAUCUGCAAUCUAG